AUGUCGCGCCCGCUGUGCUCGUCGACCAGGACGGUCCUGCACCACUACUUCAGACAGCAACAAUCUUCGCUUGGGCGUCACGAAGGUGUAAAGAGAUGUUUGACGCGUUCUGCGGUGCUCAGCAACGCACCGCAACAGCAGCCUCGCAAACCGCGUAUUGUCCUCUCUGGCAUCCAGCCAACGGGCAUUCCCCAUCUCGGGAACUACCUUGGAGCACUCUCGAACUGGGUCAAGCUCCAAAAAGACGCAUCUCCAGAUGACGAGCUCUUCUUCUCCAUCGUCGGCUGGCAUGCCCUCACCCUACCGCAAAACCCUGCCGCACUUCGGGAGGCGCGAAGCGACAUGCUUGCCAUUCUACUCGCCAUAGGUCUUGACCCGGAGCGGUCCAUCAUCUUCCACCAGGACCAUAAUCAAGACCACGUCGAAUUAGGAUGGAUCUUUGACUGCGUGACGCCGACGGGAAAGCUGAGGCGUAUGACUACGUGGAAGACUCGCCUAGCUGCGUCGCGAAACGCAGGCUCGGAGGAUGAAGUAGACGAGUCUUUGCUUAACGCAGGACUAUUUACAUACCCCAUACUCCAGGCUGCAGACAUCCUCGCAUACAAAGCCACCCAUGUACCCGUCGGCGAAGAUCAGCAGCAACACCUCGAGCUCACCCGGGACAUCGCCGAGAUCUUCAACCGCAACUUCAGCCCCAGCCCCACGAAGCCCAUAUUCCCUCUCCCCGAGUUCAUGAACACACCGUCCAAACGCAUCCUCUCCCUCUCCGACCCCACCUCCAAAAUGUCCAAAUCCGCACCCGACACCUCCUCACGCAUUCUGCUCACCGACAGCCCCUUCCAGAUCUCCAAGAAGCUCAAACGCGCCGUGACAGACUCGAUUCGAGGCAUCACCUACGACCCCGUCGCGCGCCCAGGCACAUCAAACCUGCUUACGAUCCUUGCUGCGUGCCUAGACAAGGACGUGCACGAGGUGGCCGUAGCGUACGCGAGCAAGGGGCACGGUGAGCUCAAGUCAGACGUGGCAGACGCGGUGGAGAGUGUGUUCAAGGGCCCGCGGAAGGAGUUUGAGCGCAUCAGGGGGGAGAAGGCAUAUUUGGAGGAGGUGGCACGCAAGGGCGCAGAGAGGGCGAGGGAGCGAUCGGGCAGGGUUAUAAAGGAGGUUAGGCAAGCUCUGGGGCUUUCGUGA